UGUUGACCCCCAACCUUUCCCAUUCUCGUCCCAAUUCACGACCCUUCCUUCUUCCACAAAGCCCGCCUCCCUUUGACCCCCGGAAGGCUUCCCUUCUUCUUCGCAGCCCGUCCGGUGCGAGGCCCAGGCUCAUCACGCGCCCAGAGCGCAACCGAGCCUUCCCCUUUCAGCACCCGGGACAGCGGCCCCUGCUCCGGACCCGCCUCGCCCGGCCUCUUCCGUCAGCCGGAGCCGCUCCGGGUUUCAGGCGGCGGCGGCGGCGGCGCAGCCUCGCGAGAGCUGCGGGCGCUGCUGCGGCUCGGAGGAGCCGGCGGAGGGGACUGCGAAGCGCUUUGGUGGUGGUGUGAAGACUUCUUCUGUCUGGCUGUGGAAUAAAGACCAGGAGACACCAUGGGAGAAAAAAUGAACAAUUUCCCUCCUUUGCCCCGAUUUAUCCCCUUGAAGCCAUGUUUUUACCAGGAUUUUGAUGAGGAGAUUCCUCCCCAGCACCGAACCAUGGCCAAGCGCAUUUACUACCUCUGGAUGUUGAACAGCAUCACUUUGGCAGUGAAUCUGAUUGGCUGCCUUGCAUGGAUGAUUGGAGGCGGCGGAGCGGUUAACUUUGGACUGGCCAUUCUCUGGCUCAUUCUCUUUACGCCCUGCUCCUACGUCUGCUGGUUUAGACCCAUUUACAAAGCCUUCAAGACGGACAGCUCCUUCAGCUUCAUGGCUUUCUUCUUCACUUUCAUGGCUCAGCUGGUGAUCAGUAUCAUCCAGGCUGUCGGGAUCCCUGGCUGGGGAGUCUGCGGCUGGAUUGCAGCCAUCGCUUUCUUCGGGACCAACGUGGGCUCAGCAGUCGUGAUGCUCAUCCCCACCAUCCUCUUCACCGCCAUGUCGGUUUUCUCCUUCAUUGCCCUCAGUAUGGUGCAUAAAUUUUACCGAGGAAGCGGUGGCAGCUUCAGCAAAGCACAAGAAGAGUGGACCACAGGAGCCUGGAAGAACCCCCACGUGCAACAGGCCGCGCAGAACGCGGCCGUCGGGGCGGCCCAGGGAGCCGUGAUGCAGCACGAAACGCAGUACUCGGCCACUCCCAAUUAUAACUACCCCAAUGACAUGUGAGACAAGACACCGCCCCGACCAGGACGACCCCACUAAGAUGUGAAUCCAAUGAGGUGGUGACUGGAUGUGGGUGAAGAGAACUGAAGCAGAGGGUGUGUGUGUGUGUGUGUGUGUGUGUGCGCGGGGGUGGAUUCUGCUGUAUAGGAGGGGGGUGGGUGGGAGGAUGUCUGUAUAAUAACUUCCUUGAUGGGCGGAAGCUCGUUGGAUGAUACUUCCUCCCGUUGACUUUGUACCAAGAUCUUGUCCUUGGGAAGAUUUUUGGGGUUUUUUUCUUUCUUUCUUUUGUUCCCCACUCCCUAUUUGAGAUGUUGACUUGCAGGACCGUUGUGCCGUGCUGUAGUUUCUCUGUGUGUGCUCUUUUUCCCUACGUGAAACAGUGUACAGUGGUGGGUUUUAAA